GUCAUCGAAGGCAGUUGGACGAAACUAGCCCGGGUCCUCUUGGGAACGUACUAUUGCCCGGGGGGGAACCAUUCUGCGUGGUAUGGGAUGAGGUGUCAGAGGGGGUGUACCAUUCUCUACGCUAUUGGGAUUGUUCAGAGGGCAUGUACCAAUCUCUGUGGGGGAAUCAGUUGGAGUGGUCCUCUCCUUGUUUGUCCGUUGGGUGGAACGUGCCAUUCUCGGUGCAGGGAGGGGAUGCACGGGGGAAUGUACCAUUCUGUGUGCCCCUGAAGGGGCCAUUGCGCCACCUCAGGACGUGCCCAGCACAGAGCCAUCAUGUAGCAUCCAAACAGGGUGACCUCACGUCAAGGCUGCACAGAGCAAUGCAAGGGCCCCAAGGUGGGAUCAUGCCCCAUUGAGAUGCCAUCAUGGCCCUACAUCAUGCUGAGCCUGGGGCCAUGGAAGUGGAUUUCAAGUAUCACCAACCUCAAGCCUUCAAAACCAUGAGUCAGCCUUCAGAAGCGUAAGACUGAGUUAAAAACAAUACACUUGGGGCUCUUCUGGUUCAUGUUUGCCCUCUUUUCUCCACAACUCUGAGAUAAAGGCCGAGAGUCUCACAGUAAUCUCAGCACUCCAAGAUCUGAGGCUUCAAGAAGAAUACCAAAUAUUGUGAUACCUGUGACAAGUCACAAGAGUUACAACACUGCAUCACAUCAAGAUCUUGAUGAGCCUUAAACAGAGCAAUGAGAUAUCAAGAAAGCUGGGUCGUGUUGUACUCAAACAUCACUGUGACCCACAAGAUGCUGAAAUGUGGCUCUAUUUCACAGGCCCCAACAGAUGUUUUGUCACCCUUUUUAUCAGAGACAGAGGAGCUGUCCCCCACCCUCAGGAGGAGAAAAUUAAUCUACCCAGAAUAACAGGUGAAAUGUUGUCAGAAGGCAAAGAACAAGUAGGAGACACCCCCACUGUCCAGUGGGUCAGUGAUAUGGAGACCAAGCUGCUGACUUCCCUUGAUUAUACAGAAGGGUGUAUAAUGCAGCUAAUCGAUCUCUGCACACCUCUUGUGGAACACAGAAGGAAAAAGAGGGGGAAAUCAAUUGUUCCCAAAACUGGCAUGUGGAGAGCAUGGCGAGAAAAAGUUGCACAGAAACCUCAGGAAGCUCAGCCCUUGAGCCCUGAACAAAUGCUAGAAGAUGAAUCUGUAACUUUCUCCAGGACUUCUGAGCUCCUUACCAUGUUACAGGAAUUUGUAGGGUCAACACUGUUCAACAAAGCAGAAGUUGUUGUUGUUAAAUAUAUAGUGACAAUGGUGGCGAAUCUCACCAAAGCCUUCACUCUGCUAACCAAACAGUCCCGUGGCCUGCAAGCAAAGUAUGAUACCUUAGCAUCCCAGGAGUCCAGGAAGCAGGAAGUUCAGUAUGUGAACCUUCAAAAGGAAGUACAGGUGCUUAAUGAGAAAAAGGCAUCUUUGGAGGCUCAAGUCCAAAGCACUGAACACAAAUACAAGAUGCUUUUCAUAGCAAAUGAGGCAAUGCAAAAAGAACUGCACAAGGUGAAGGAAAAAGCAGCAGUAAAGACAGAACCGUCUUUAAGAGACAUGAAAUUUGGGGUCAGGGCUUCUUAUGAAAGGAAAUCCCAGGAAGAUGAUAAACAUCUGAGUAGGGAAAAGGAUGCGAAGCUGUCAGCUGAAAAAUCCCAGGCAGCCCUUGCUAAAUCCCCCAGUGGGAAAAGGGAGGCAAAGGUACCAGAUAAAAAGCUGCUUCAGAGACCAUUGGUAGAGAGAACAGAAGACACCGGUGACAAACAGGAUGCAAAGCUUCUAGAUAAAAAGCCAGCACUGAAAGCCUCAAUAGAGAGAGGUGAAGGCACCAGUGACAAACAGGAUGCAAAGCUUCUAGAUAAAAAGCCAGCACUGAAAGUCUCGACAGAGAGAGGUGAAGACACCAGUGACAAACAGAAGGCACAGAAAGCCCCAGUAGAGAGAACUCAAGACACUGUUGUCAAAUGGGAUGCAGUCAUCCCAGUGGAAAAACAAGAAGAGACUUCAGGAGACCUGGCUGGAAGAUGGCAUGAACAACCUCUGGACAGUGAGCAAACAGAGGCUGCUGACAAAUGGGAUGUGAACCUCCUGGGUGGAACCCAGGAAGUUGUUGAAGAUGUCACUCGUGAGUGGCAUGAGAUCCUGCCAGAUGAUCAUGAGCUCAAGGCUGACAGUGAAGAAGAAAUUGAAAGUCUCCCAUCCCCAACAGAGUUCCCAUGCCAAGGGGUCUCUAGGAAAGGAAAGCAGAGGAAGAGGAAGGAAAGCCUGGACACUGAGGAGACACAUACAAAAAUAUCUCAGAGCCCUAUCAGCAGAAGCAUGCUGGACCCAUCCACUGCACUGUAUGGGUUUAAUUCAGCUAUCCUGGCUUAUCUGGAGGAGAAGACGGAGAAACUAUGGAAAUGUCCCUCUCCUGGGAAGAGACAAGCAGAGAGGAUGCUGCCCAAGGACCCAGAAGCCCAAAGGCUCUACAUGGCCUUGGAGAGGAAACUGGAAGAAUUCUUCUCAAAAAUGAAGAUAAAAUAUUCUAGAAGCUUAGAGGAGCAGAAGCUUCCAAGGAGCCUGGAGCUGACUGAAGAUCGUGAGGAGGAGGCAAAGCCACCCUUGGAGGCUCUUCCUGGAAUGUUCAUUCCAGGGAAAGAAGUUCCUGGUCCCUCCAUCCAGUUGAGUGACCCUGACAGUUCCUUUUUGGAGUCCAAAGUUCCUGGGAUCUCACAAUGGGGACUCCCUGCAGCCCUGUUGAAGGAACCUAAUAUCUCAGCACAUUUUCCAUUUCCCAAGCAAUGGCAGCAGCAAUGGCAGCGACAACAGCAGGAGCAAUGGCAGGAGAAGGAAGAGGAAUGGUUUAAGGAGAUACAGAAGGAGCAGCAGUAUCAGAUGCAAUGGCCGUCACCACAGCCUGAGGAGCAGCUCCAGCAGCAGCUGCAAGGGGUAAAGGAGAAGGUAGAGGUGGAGCAGCAGGAAGAACAUCAGUUUGAGGAGCUGCAGCCACAGCAGGAGCCACUGCAGGAGGGGCAGGAAGAGGAGCAAACGCAGUGGAAGAAGCAGCUGGAGGAACAAGCAGAGGAGCAGAGACUGAGGCAGCAGCAGCUGGAGCAGCAGCAGAGGCUCUAUCAGCAGUGGCAGGAAGAGCAGCAGGAAAAGCAGGAGGAGCAGCAGAGGCUGUGGCGGCAGCAGGAGGAGGAGCAGGAGGAGCAGCAGAGGCUGUGGCGGCAGCAGGAGGAGGAGCAGGAGGAGCAGCAGAGGCUGUGGCGGCAGCAGCAGGAGGAGCAGCAGAGGCUGUGGCGGCAGCAGGAGGAGGAGCAGCAGAGGCUGUGGCAGCAGCAUGAGAGGGAGCAGCAGCAGCAGCGGGAGCAGCAGGAGGAGCAUCUGAAAUUAUGGCAGCAGGAGGAGCAAGAGCAUGAGCAGCAGGCAAGGCACUGGCAGCAGCAGGUGGAGGAGCAUGAGGAGCAGCUGCAGUUGUGGCAGCAGGAGCAGGAGGAACAUGACCUUCAGCUGAGGCAGUGGCAGCAGCAGGAGGUGAAGCAGCAGGAGCAGGAGAAGCACUGGCAGCAGCAGGUGGAGGAGCAUGAGAAGCAGCGUCAGUUGUGGCAGCAGGAGCAGGAGGAACAUGACCUUCAGCUGAGGCAGUGGCAGCAGCAGGAGGUGAAGCAGCAGGAGCAGGAGAAGCACUGGCAGCAGCAGUGGCAGGAGCAGCUACAGCAGUUGCAUGAACAGCAAGAGCUGCUGCAAAAACAGAUGCAGCAGGAGCAGUACCUGAUCCCAAGGCCUAAAACAGUUCCCCGGAGCAGAGAGCCUGGGACCCUGGAACACUUGACGAAACAGAUCCCACUCAGGCCAAGGAGAGACAUUGCAAAGGAAGAGGUGCUACUGUAUGAAUAUUUCAAGCCUUCUACCCAGCAAAUGGUUCCCACUCAGAGCAAAGUAUCCCUGCACUCUCAAGCUCAGUCUACUGAGGAGACUAGCUGGCUCCCGACGCUGGCUCAGAAGACCAAAGGGAAGAGCUUGGUGCCCUCCAGCAUGUCAGAGAAGCGGUACUGGGUGGAUGUGGAGGCUCAGAGGGAGAACUUGGUGCUGCUGGGGCAGGCGACCCAAAAGUGCAGACUACCCCCACACCUGCACAUGCAGGCGAAGGAGGUUAUCACUGAGACCCUGCACACUGAUGUUGAGAGGCUGGCUCUCCUCUUCCACAAAUACAUCUCCUUCUGCCACCUCCAGCAUGUCAGACAAACCUUAAUGUCCAGAUUGGAAGCUGCCAGAGCUGUAAAUGAUGGUGCUGAGGUCCGGAACUUGUAUACAUAUGUGGAGAGGGUGGAUGCUUACCGGAAAAAGGUGCUACAGUGCUGGGUGGCCAAACAGAAAACAGCAGAGCAGGCACGUCGACACUGCCUUGGCAAGAUGAUUUCCUUGUUUGCCCAGCUCCGCCUGAGCUCUGAACUCCACCUCAACAGCCCAUCCCCACUCGUGAUCAAAGCAGUGGAUGAAAUGAAGGAGUUCCCGUCCUCAGCCCAUGCCAGAUCCAAAUCCCCUGGCUAUCCAAGCCCCCUGGCAAGUGUGAAGAAAGUCAGAGACUUUAUGUAUCCAGCUGGAGUCAGUGAGCAGGUUUGUGACCAGAUAGAGUCAGUAUGGAGGACCGAUGUCAUCUCUCACAGUUUUCCUAUCGUUCCAAAACCCCAUGUGUCCCUGCUCUGGUCCCAGGCUGGUUUCCCAGAUAUCCCUAGAUUUCUGGAACUGGACGUGAGCUCAGUUAGGAGCAAACCCCUUAAGUCUCUACAGACACGAAUCCAGAACCUUCCUAGAUGGAAAACAUAUGGACACAAGUAAAAACCCAUGUAAAUAUAGGAUAGUCCAGAUGCAGUUUAAUGCACAACAGAAAUGUAUGUAGAA